UGAGGGGAGACGCGCCGAUCGCGACCAUGACUUUAACCUGUAGCGCUUGAUUCAGCGUAAACUACAUGUACGUCGCCACGAGGAGUGCCGUUUUUUUAUUAUUUUUUUUUCGUUGGAGGAGACGGUGUGCUCCAUUGGACUGAUGAUAAAUGGCUAACAAUAGUAACGCUGUGUCGUCAACCUUACCUUCUAGGGACUAUCAUUGUAAGGUUUGCGAUCUUUAUUUGGACACCCUUGAUUCGCUUGAAGUGCAUCUUCAGUAUCACAAAGAAAAUUUGUAUGUAAAGUGGGGCACUCAAAACUCUCAGAAUGAUACCGAAAACAAUAACGGAUCAAAAGUGACGACAACCACGACCGUAUCGGCUCCGGCCGACUCGAGCGACAACAUGAUCACGAAGCCGAGCCCGGAGUUCCAGCAGCGGGCCACGCCGGAGACUUCAGGGCAGUUCCCGCAUCCGGCGACACCGCAGAGCUACCACAGUGCACCGUCGCCCUAUCAAAAUCCUGAUCAAACAAACUUCUCACCGAGCGCUCAGUACGGUAACAAUUAUACACAUUCUGGUUUUCCACAAAAUCCUGAUCAACUUAACUGGGAUCAGUCGCAGUAUGGCCAAGAAUACAAAAAUAGCCGUUUUCAUCCUUAUAAACUGCAAGAUCGAGUUUCACAAGUAUCAUCGUCAAGUCCACUGUAUGGACAGCCGUUGAAUCAGCCAACACCAUCACCUUCGCCUAAUCAAUGUGAUAAAUGUGGGUUUGUAUGCGAUUCUGCCGUACAACUAAAUGAGCAUUGUAAUACGGCUCAUGCUGGCACCAGUUCUAAUCCUGUUACUGCCUCAAUGCCAUUCCAACAAUUUCCUGGUAAACAAUACAACAAUUCUAGCUAUGCUACUGAAAGCGUUAAGAUAAAAGAGGAGCACGAAGAAUCAUCCGAUAUUCUAGAUCUAGAUUCACAAAAAGUUGUAUAUCAAGGCAAUGAAGGCGAACAGCAGAACGUGUCCUAUGACGACGCUCCUCAAGCAAGAGACGUUAACACUCGCACAGUUCCAAUGAUGCCAUGGGAAGCGCAAAAGCUGUAUACCAAUCCUCAACUGAAUGGCGAUGUCUCACUAUUCAAAGACCAAAAGAUGUAUGCUGAGCAAAAAACGUACUCCGCCGAGGGUAAAAUGUUUCACCCCGAACAAAAAUUUGCAUACUCGCAAGAUAAGUUUCUCAGUGUUCAUCAUGAUCAAAAGCCAUUCAUGCACGUCGAUCAGAAAAACUAUCCGGGCGUUCAGAUGCCUCCACUUGUUGAUUACCAAGGGCCUGUAGCAACAACUAACCCUGACAUGAAACCUCCAUAUAGGCCCUACGAUUCCCCAGCAGUGCCACAAAUUACUAGUACUCAACCGGCUAAUUCAACAUCGUCAAAUCUACCAACAAUUGGUGGAAAAGGAGCCAACUGGAAAUCAAAUGAAGCAAGAAGACCUAAAACAUACAAUUGCACGGCUUGCAAUAAGUGGUUCACUAGCUCUGGGCAUUUAAAAAGACAUUAUAACACCACUCUUCACAAAAAUGCUGUUAGGUCAUCAGGUCAACCGGACCCAGCAACAAUGCCUAUAUCCAGUCAUCACCAUCCAAGCCGUGACGCAAUACAGAAUCGCGCACAGCAACAGAAUGCUGAUUCUAAUACGCAGAGUCCUGUCCCUUCAGAAGACGGUCGAAGCGUCGACGAGAGUGCCAUGCAGUCGCCAUAUGCUUCACAGAACUUUGAUCGGGCGCAUCGCGUUGCAUCAAUGCAGUCGAAGUCACCAUACACUCAUCUUCAACAGGGUAAUUUAGAUAAUAAUUUCAGUAAUAAUCCUUUAGCUAAUCACCCUUUACAACAUCAAGUUGGUUCACACCCUCUUAAUAUAGGUAGUCAACCGCCAGGUAUAGGGAUUUCUAAUGAUAAUGGUCAUCAGGGGUCAAAAGGUGUAGCAAUAUCUACCGCUGGCAAUCCCCCAAACGGGGAAGCAGGUCCCUCUGUUUCUCAAAAUCACCAUAUGAGGGGCCUGCUAUCAGUGUCAACCAGCAAUAUUUCAACUCAACCACUAACGCAGAGUACGCCGGCGCUUACGGCCCACACGCUGCCUCCGUUCAGUCAUUUGGGUGUCAACCCGUACAGCCCGAGGUCUACGGAUCCUUUGGGGCCUUCAGUGCCGGACCCCACGCACACCCCAUUAUAUUUGGGUCAGAAUUUUCAACAGACUAUAGCACCGAGUUACCCAAACGGGAUGGCCCCCCACGUUAUGGAUAUGGCUAUCAACAAUCUGCCUAUAGCCAAUCCGGCUAUUUUUGGUGAAUGUGCACCAGAUAAUGCCGAGGUUAUGGAACAAGAAACGUCGAAUCAGCCCAAUGGCGGACGGUUGCCCAGUUUUGCGCAACUGCAGGCACAGGGUUUCAGCGUUUACGUUUCAAACUAUAUCACACAGCCUAACGUGGGGGGUCAAGUAGUCGCUGACGAGUCUGCUGCCGGUUACAUUAUUAUGAAUCCGGUGAACUCGCCCGUGCAAUACAAUAAUAAUGAAAUAUGCGGACAUAAUAUGGAAUAUGAGUAUAGUCUGUCUCCUGGUAGUGUUAAGGAGGCAACCGUAACUUAUAGUCCGGAAAAUGUCAAAGUCUAUUCAUAUGGAUACGCAGUAGGCGGUAAAACAAUAAAACGAGGAGAUGACGUUUUAGGAUUGGAUAUAAGCGAGCUUCAAAUACUUAAAAUAGAGGAUAUAAUGGACUAUGCGAAUAAAGAGAAUUAUGGUUCUCAAAUGAAAUCUCCCGCGAGCCCUGAGAGCGCUAAAGCCGAAAACGAAAGCAGUGGCUCUCCGGCUGUGUCAUCCACGGUACCGAGUACGCCGCUAACUGAGAGAAAUCAAAUGAAGAAGUCUUUCUCAAUGCCGGUUCACAAAUGUUAUGAAUGCGAUAAAUUGUUUAACAAGGCCUGCUACCUAACGCAACACAACAAAACCUUUCAUUCGGGAGCAAAACCAUUUAAAUGUGACCGAUGCGGCAAGCGCUUCUCUGAUGACGUCUCAUAUGAAGGGCAUUACAUUAAACACACUGAAAACAAACCCUUCAAAUGUAGUGAGUGUCCUAAGUCAUUCAACCACAAAACAGACUUGCGCAGACACAUGUGUUUGCACUCUGACUGCAAGCCGUUCGCGUGUGACCACUGCGGCAAAGGUUUCAUUAGAAAAGACCACAUGGUAAAACACUUUGACACUCAUCUUAAGAAAAAUUCGCGUUCUUCGUCAUCGACUUCGUUGUCCUGGUCGAGGGCGGUCAAGGCGUCGACGUCUCCUACGUCUACGACGCAAACGCUCCACACUCUUUAGAUCAUUCAUUUAAAGACGAAGAAACGCUUCAACAUAUCAUUAAAAAUGAAAUGAAUCGCAAUAAUUUUUGUUUACAUAGGUUCAUAGUUGAUAUCUUAAUAAAGUUGAAACUUAAGUUACAAAAUACGUUAGAAUAUUUAGCCGUUAUGUGUACGAAAACAAGUUUACAAGCGGACUACUACAAAAAUAAUAAAACAAAAAAAAAAAACGUUAAAAAGGCUACUUUUGUUCAUGUGUCUAAAUCUCGUAAUACACAUGCAGAUUUAGGUCAAACUUUUGCCGGGUGUAAGUGUAUGCACACAUUGGUGUGCAUUAAGUUUGGCAGCAUGUUUUUUGUUGUUCAUUGGAUCUGACCUUGUGUCCGGCGCAAGGUGACUUUAUGUUUGAGUGUCUGGCCACUAAUAAAACAUAUAAUUACAUGACGUUAGUGUAAUUCUGAGAUAUCGUUUGGACCGAACCAUAUCAUUUAACAUAUUGAUAUACGGAAAAAAGUAUAUAGGAAUAAUUAGUUA